AUGUUUACAUUAAGGAAUAUCAUCAGAUUUGCCAUACUGACUCCAGUCGUGGUCAUCUUGCUGACCAUCGGCUGGUAUCAACAGGCCAUAGACCAUGCUAAUUUGCCUGACAAUACAAUCGUGCCUUCUCCAAUGGACGAUACAUUUAUAAUUGCAGGCUACUACAUAAAUUGGGGCAUAUAUGACCGAGAAUUCAACGUUGUUGAUUUGAAAGCAAACAAACUAUCACAUAUCCUGUAUGCUUUUGCCAAUGCCAAUAGGGAUGGCAGUAUUGUUCUUGGCGAUCCCUGGGCAGACACAGACAUCAAGUUCCCCAAAGAGAAAACUGUUGAUGGCGUUGUGGAUCUUUGGAAAGAAAAUGACAACGACCUGCAUGGCAAUUUCAAACAGCUUGCACUACUCAAACAGCAAAACAGACAUCUCAAAGUGUCUCUCAGUGUUGGCGGCUACUCUUGGAGUCAUAACUUUUCAGCGCUUGCAUCUACGCCAGAGUCUCGAGCUGUAUUUACUAAAACAGCGAUACAGCAUUUGCAAGAUUUAGGCCUAGACGGCAUCGAUAUUGAUUGGGAGUUUCCAAAGGAUGCUACAGAUGCCGGGAACUAUGUAUUACUGCUAAAAGAAAUGCGCGCUGCAUUAGAUGACUACCAACUCGCUCAUGACCCCACCGAUCAAAAGUUUCUUUUAUCAGUGGCCAUGCCGUGUGGACCUGAAAAUUACCGUCUGUUGGAAUUGGGAAGCAUGGCACAUUAUGUGGAUAUAUUUUACUUGAUGGCAUACGAUUUUGCAGGCAAUUGGGAUCAGCAAGUUGGACAUCAAUCAAAUUUAUAUGGCGGACCACUAAAUGUAGAUCAAGCAGUGACCUAUUUCGAAAAGGAGGGCGGUGUGCCGUCAAAGAAGAUUGUCAUUGGGAUGCCAUUGUAUGGAAGAGGGUUCUCAAACACAAAUGGGAAGGUGGGGUCGAGUUACAGAGGCGUUCCUGAGGGUUCAUGGGAAAAGGGGUCUUUUGACUACAAAGAUCUUCCUCAGCAGGGAGCUAAGGAGUAUCUGGAUCGAGAAAGAGGAGCAUCGUGGUCCUACGAUGAGUCAAAACGGGAGUUUGUUACGUAUGAUUCACCGGCAGUAACAGAGAUCAAAUGCGAAUACAUCAAAGAUAGACAGCUUGGCGGUGCCAUGUUUUGGGAGUUGACAGCUGAUAAUACAAAGGAGGAAUCAAGAAGUCUGUUAGAAACAGUUUUUGCUAGUCUGGGUGACAAGCUGAAUAGCAUUGAGAAUCAUAUCAAGUAUCCCCUCAGCAAAUACACCAUUCUUAAUUGA